AUGUCCCUGGCUCCAGCGUCCCAGGACCCGCAACCGGUAUACCAACGGCCCAAGGUCCUGAACUUCAUCACCGGCAACGCCAACAAGCUGGCCGAAGUCCGCGCGAUCCUCGGCGACGUGGCCGGCCUGGAGCUGCAGAGCCGCAAUGUCGAGGGCGCCGAGAUCCAGGGUACCAUUGAGGAGGUCGCGAGGGACAAGGCCUCGAGGGCCGCGAGGGCGGUGAAUGGCCCAGUCCUCACGGAAGACACGGCGCUGGAGUUCCAGGCCCUCAAAGGGUUACCCGGGCCUUAUAUCAAAUACUUCCUCCAGGCCCUCGGUCACGACGGUCUCAACAAGAUGCUCGCCGCAUACGAAGAUAAGACCGCCUUCGCGGUUUGUACGUUUGCGUACUGUGCAGGACCUGGCCAUGAGCCGAUUCUGUUCCAGGGCCGAUGUCAGGGAAAGAUCGUGCCGGCCAGAGGGCCUCCAAUUUUUGGCUGGGAUGCCGUCUUCGAGUUCGAGGAUGGUCAGACAUACGCCGAGAUGGAGAAGGAGAAGAAAAACUUGAUCUCGCAUCGGGGCAAGGCUCUGGCCAAACUGAAAGCCUGGCUGGCUGGGGGUGAGCUGGAGCCGUAG